CGAUCAACAUGUCCGAGCUGAGCAAAUGCUUCUACGAGGUGACCGCCGGCAAGACCUGCCGUGACCUGUGCCACCCGGAGUACGCCUCGUGUUGGCUUUCGUUCGUGAAUACGGCGCUGAGGUUGCUUCCCGGCGCGUACAAGCUGUACCUGACUUAUCUGGUGAUUCCUCCGCUGGUGAAAGGUGGCGGCUACACGUGGCAGUACUGGAAGGACCACUUUCUCAGCUACAGUACAGCGUCCUACAAGACGUACGUGAUCGCGGUCGUCGGAUUGACGCUGCAAUGUGCCUUUUACAAACUGUUCGGCAAGCUGAACUAUUACUGGGUCAUGGGAUUCCCGGGGUUCUUCAGUGCAGCGUUGUCCCCAAAACUCAACAGAAUUCACCUACGGCUUCAAGGAAUCACGUACUUCAACAUGAUGUUGGAGGUUAUGCUGAAGAAGAGCAAGUUCCGGCUGCUGGAGGUGCUGCGAGAGUCCAAGCUGUGCGGCAUGGCCCUGUUCAUGAUCUUCAACGCGCGGAUCAUGGAGGUGUUACAGCACGGCAAGGUCAACCAGUUCUGGAUCAUGUACCCGACGAGGAUCAGGGAACCCAAUCGAGAGGAGGCGGAUGACAGUCGCGUGAUUGGGGCGAUCUACCCUCGCGCGUACAAAGCAUGCUCUCAUGAGCGAUCGUGUGAUGGUUUUAUCUUUGAUGGUAUCUGGAAGUACUCCUUUGCCGGCUUCAUCAUCGAGUUUGCUCGUGCCCUGAUCACCAAGUUCCCGCUCCUGUACAACAAUCCUGCCCAGUUCCUGCCCGGAUUGCGCAAGAUUCUCAGCUUCAAGCUGAUGUUCUUCCUGGCAGCGUACAUCGCGAGCUACCGCGCCAUCGGUUGUCUUUUGUGCCGUCAUCACGGUGAAGAUCGCCCCUCCCACAACCGGAUCGCGUCCUUCCUGUGUGGCGCAUCCUACCUGAUCUACCCCAAGUACCAGGUGUUUACGCUGGCUUUCACCAAGUUUGUUGAGAUGUCCUGGGAGCACCUGUUCAAAACGGGCAAGGACCUCCCGGAGUGGGUCUGGAAACUGCAGCGGAUCCCGUACCUCCGGAUAACGCAUGCCUGCGCAGUAGGCUACAUGUACCACGCAUUGGUCUUCCACUCGCACCUCUCGCCGCCCUUCAACAGCAAAGCCGUCAACUACUGCUCGGACAACCGCGUGGAACGACUCAAGCGACGCCUGCUGAGCUGGAUGCUCGAGCACGAGUGGCGCAAGGCCUGACACCGAACUUCUUUUUCCCCUUUUGAAUAUUCAUGACUCUAUAUAGAAACGAAAUAUUGAGCAUGUACUAAAAUAAUAAUAAAGAAAUUGCCGCACGAUCGCUGGCUCGCUUAGU